AUGAAAAUAUUUAAAUCUAUUUUGCUUCUGUCUUUUAUCUUCAUAAUUAAGAGCGAUCCUAGUUGUAUAAACCCAAAUGGUGCUCAAGUUGAUUGGUUUAUUACCUUAAAACUGAACAAUGGUGAUGAUUAUGCCUACUGUGAUUCAAAGAGUUGUGAUAAGAUAUAAUUAUCAGGCUUUAAAAUUAAUGAUGCGAAAAAUUCACCAAUUUUAAGAACCUUAUAAUAAAUAAAAUAAAACCUUAAUAAUGACAAAUAAGGGUAUCUUUUAUGGAAUGAUUAGCCACCAAAUAAUAUGACAGCCACCAGCAGUAAUGCUCAUGCUAAAGGAUUUAUUAGUUUAGGAUAAAAAUCUGGAUUUAUACUUAUUCACAGUGUUCCAGAGUUUCCUGCAUUCGCUGAUAGCAGCAGCUUAAAGGAAAUACUUUUAAAUAUUGAAGAAUCUCAACAAAAAUAUGGAUAGCAUUUUCUUUGUACUAGUACUUCUCUUGAAAAUUUAGAGAAAUUAGCAUGUGGCUACAAUAUUGAUAAUCCAAAAGUGUAUUCAAGUUUUCUUCCAUAUUAUAUUGAUCAGAGUUCUUAUCCCUGCCUCAAUUAGAUGAAAAAUAACAAACGCAAUACUAAGACCAAAUAAAUGAUAAUUACUUACUCGACUCUGAAUGGAGAAACAUUCACAAAGUUUUCCAAAAAUAAAGACAAUUAAAUACCAUUAUAUGAAUAGAUAGUUACCCAAGAACUAAAAACUGGUCUGUUGGUUUAAAGCUGGGGAAGACCUUAUGAAGAAGCUUCAUGCUCAGGAUCUUACUAAGUAGUUUCUAAUACAAGAGUUUAGAUAGAUGGAGCACCAUAAUUUAAAGACACAUAAGAUCAUUCAAAAUAUGGUAUAUCAAUAGAUAAAGCUAAGCCAUUUGUUUGCUUAGGUGAUAUUAACAGAAUGAAAUCGUAAUGGAAAAGAGGAGGUGGCACAAUAUGCAUAAGCAAUAAAAAUAUUCAUUUUCAAUUUACUAAAAUUCUUUAAUGCUCAGGUUGCACAAAUAAUAAUGGCUAUGAAGAAAUUAAAAAUGAUUGUGAUCCUUCUUGUUAAAAUUGUAAAAUCCCUUAAUGUUAAUCUGGAUGUAAGAGCUGUUUAUCUUCAGACUCAAAUAUCUGUAUUGAAUGUGAUAUAGGAUUUUAUUUAGAUGGAAACAAAUGUUCUCGAUGUUAAUAAAACUGUGAAAUUUGUACCUAAAAUGGAAAUAUAUGCACAUAAUGCAUCGAAAAUUUUGAAUUAGAUAAAAACUCCUAAUGUAUUCCAACUUGUGAUCAAUCUUGUUUAACUUGCUCAUAACCUUAGGAUCCAGAUUCUUGUCUUUCUUGCUCUAAAGGUAGCUACUUAACAGAUGACAAUAAUUGUAAAAAAUGUAUUUCUCCUUGUACUGAUUGUGAAAAAGGAGAUAAAUGUACAUAAUGCGAAUAAAAUUAUAUUUUAAAAAAUUAUGAAUGCCUACCGAUAUGUGAUAAAUCAUGUUUAACUUGUUCAUCUCCAAAGAAUCCAUAAUCUUGUUUAACAUGUGAGGAAGGGUAUUACUUGAAUAAAAUAACAAAUGAAUGCAUGAUUUGUGGUGUUGAUUGUGCUUAAUGUUUAGAAUCUGCUGAUAAUUGCACUACUUGCAAAGAUGGAUUUUCAUUUAACAAUAAGAAAUGUAUUAAAAAUGAAGUUAGUAAGACUAAAAUUUGUCAUAUAAGCUGCUUAACAUGCACAAAAGAUUCUGAUCCAAAUGCUUGCUCAUCUUGUCCUCCUAAUUUAUUCCUUACAAAUUUAAAUACUUGUUUACCUUAUUAAUGCGAUAAAUCAUGCUUAACAUGUUCAUCUCCUUACAACCCUUAAUCUUGUUUAACAUGUAAAGGAGGUUAUUACUUGAAUAAAAUAACUAAAUAAUGCAUGAAUUGUGGAAUUGAUUGCGCUUAAUGCAUAGAAUCUGCUGACAAUUGCACUGCUUGUAAAGAUGGAUAUAUAUUAAAAAAUUAAAAAUGCGUUAAAAGCGAAAUUAAUAAAGUUAAAACUUGUCAUAAUAGCUGCUUAACAUGCACCAAAGAUUCUGAUCCAAAUUCUUGUUUAUCUUGCCCUCCAAAAUUUUUCCUUAGUAAUUUAAAUACAUGCUUACCUUGUUAAUAACCAUGCUCGGAGUGUAAAGAAUCAGCAAAUACUUGUACAAGUUGUUUAGAAAAUUAUUUUUUAGAAGAAUCAAAAUGCUAACCAAUUAAAAUAGAAGUUACCAGAUUUUCAUAUAGUGUACUCUUUGAGCCAAGUUUACUCUUAAUUUUAUAUUUAAUAUUUACAAUAUGA